UUUCUCUCUCUUUCUCUCCUUUUUUUCAUCCAAUUUCUGUCAUGGCAAAUACUGUUUGGGAUACCAAGACACAAACCUUUCAUGGAGGACAAGAACAUAUGUUUUUAGACAAUUUUAUAGAAGAUUUCAGUGUGACCACCAACUAUUUGGGUACACCUGUUGGUGCAUUGGAAGCUGCUAAACAAGCGAUCCACGAUAUUCAUCAUUAUCCUGCUGCAAAUCAAGAACCUGCCAAAACAUCAUUGGCUCAAUUCUUAUGGCCUAAUGACUACAAGGAACAUCAUGGUCGUUUAUUAAUGGGUAAUGGUGCAUCUGAAUUGAUUGAUCUCGUUGUUCGACAAUGUUUGAAACAACAUGAUACAAAUCAACCUACUUGGAAAGGUAGUCCAUGGAAUGUACAGUAUCAAGAAUAUCAACGUAGUGCAACUACCAAUGGAUUCAAGAUUCUGGAACCUAGUAAUCCUGAUCGUGUAGAUAUGUUAUGUAUUGUGAAUCCUUGUAAUCCUACUGGUGAUUAUUUCUCUGUGGAACCUUUAAAAGCUUGGAUUAAGGCCAAUAUUGCUGUGGGUGGUACAGUGAUUGUUGAUGAAUCAAUGCAACCUUGGCAUUCAUGUGAAUUUCGUAAUGAUUCAUUGAUAUCUGAACAUGAAUUUGCUCGAGAAAUGUGGGAACAAGAAAAAGUAUCUAUUCAUGUCAUGCAUUCAUGGACAAAGAUUUGGUCAUGUACAGGACUUCGUAUUGGAUCAGUGAUUUGUCCUACCGCCAUGCAUUGUGAACAACUCAAGAAAAUUCAAGUACCAUGGUCAGUGAAUGGUCCAGCCCUCAAGUUUGUGGAAGCAGUGGUACAAGAUAAGGCAUAUCUGGAAGAAACAUGGCAACAUACCACUCGAUUACGGGCUCACUUGGUUGAUCGUUUACUUGGUCUUCAUCCUGAAUGGAUCAUUCAUGGCAAACCUUUCCUAAGUUGGGUCUGGGUGGAUAUGGGUUCACAACAAAUGGCCGAUCAAGCCGUCGAUUUGGCUCGUCAAGCUGGUGUUCCUGUACGAAGUGGUACUCCUGGAUACAAAUGUCUUUCCUUUGUUCGUGUGGCAGUACGCAAAGAAACUGAAGUGGAUGUUUUGAUCUCGGCUUGGAAAUCUCUUUAGGAUUGUAUUAUUGAGGGAGUCAAAGCGGAACGAUACAUUUAUAUACAAAAAAGAGGAGUGUUAGGGGGGUUAUAUGAAGGUUAAUAUAUCAUCGUCAUCAUCAUGAUAUCAUUGUUAUAUACUUUUUUUUUAUUAUUAUUAUUUGAUUUAGUUUAGUUCCUUUUUGGAUGUAAUAUAAUAGGAUAGACAUUAUUUAAAAACCUCAAUAAAACUUUGUAUUUAGUUAAUGUUUGUUUUCAAUCUAA